AUGAUGCGUAUCAAACGAAAAUCAGCUCUCGAUUUUGUAGAGAAAAGAUUACCAAGUAAGGAAGAACUAUCAUCUGCUGAUGUUAUAUACAGUUUCUCUCAUCUUAAUCAUCGUACGAAUUCAUUAUUGAUUGAAUUUCAUGGACUUUACAAACGACUUGAAUUAGAUUAUUCUUCUUUAUCAGCUUGUCGAUUUCUAUGUAAACAGAUUCCAAAUUCGAUCGAAUGGCGUCUUGGUCUUACAGUACUGAAAAUGGGUUGUCUUCAUCGAUGUUCUCAAGUCAAUAUGUUCGUAGAUGAAGUAUUCAAAUUCAUUGUCUCAAAUAAUUUUGCACGAAACCAAAAAACAGAUGUUAUUGAUUGUUCAAAAGAUGUUUUCCAUUUAUUGAUAACAUAUAAUAAUCAAAUAAGACAAACAAUAUUUCCUCAAUUAUCGUCAUUGUUUAUUUUUCAAUGUAGAUCAGUCAGUGAUGACUAUCGAGAUGUACUAUUAUUUCCUGUAGCUGGUGGAUCUUGUAUGCGUACAUUCACUUGGAAUGCUUGUCGUAAUCAAGCACAUCAUGGCAAAGCUUUAUUUGAUUGGUUAUUUCGAUAUUCUCGUCGUCUAGAGAAAUUCGAUUUGAAAAUGUCUCGAAACGAAGAUGGUUUUGAACUUACCCAUGAACAUACACUUCUGAACAAAUACGAUUCCCAUUAUUCUCUCAUGCAACUCAAUAUUACAGUUCUCAAUUUGAGUACCUUACACAUACUCCUCCAUUAUCUUCCUCAACUUGAAUGUUUAGGUAACAACAUUAAAUGA